CUGAAAAAGGUCUUUGUGAAAAUCUUUUCAGGAUCUGUGAAUAUAGAGGUGUGUGAUGAGUUUUGGGUGUUUAUGUGUGAAAUUAGACUUCCGGAUCUUUGAUAAUUUCAGAAAUGCUGGCGAGAAAAUAGUUGCCUAUAUGUCUGUGUGUCUUUGUUGUAUGUGUGUGAAAUAGAAGAUUGUAAACAGGUGGAGUGUAAUGUGAUUGGUGGAGCUUAAAGGGCACAGCUGACUGAGUCAUCACCCAGAGGCUGCGUUUAACGUCAUACACUCUCUCUCCUUCUCUUUGUCAGCAUCUCUCCCCCUCUCCUUCUCUGUAAUACCAUCUCUGUCUCUUCCUAUAAUUGGCCUACCUCUUUCCACACAGUCUCCUCUUGUUUCCUAUUUUAUUUCAUGGCUCUUCAUCAAUAAGCAGCUACACACACAUUAUCCCCCAUUAAUGUGCACCCCAACAGUUCAGUUAGCAGAAUAAACAUCUAUGUUUGAUAUGUCCUAUAAAAACCCUGACUAAUGUACUGUAGCCUUCCUGUUUGGUAUAAUACAUAUUUCUCUCACCCUUGACUUUAUCUUAUCUGUCUCUCUCUUAUUGUUUGCCUCUGCUGAGCCCAUUCUGAAUUGUCCUGAUCUCUUCUAUCCCCAUGUAGGACUUUAAUGAGAGAGAGAAGAGAGAGAGACAUCUUGGCCCACAGUGACUUCCAGGCUUUAUCUUAAAAGUAUUUAAGGACAACCAUCUGUGGUUCCAGCGUCUUGACCCUUGACUCCAAAGCAGUGAUGGGACGUAAACUGGACCUGUCCGGUCUGAGCAAUGACGAAGCUGAGCAUGUGCUCAGAGUGGUACAGAGGGACAUGCAACUCCGUAAGAAGGAAGAAGAGAGACUCAGUGAAAUGAAGCAGGAGCUGGAGGAGGAGGGCAGUCGUUGUUUGCUUCUGUCCAAGCAGCACAAGUUCAACGAGCAUUGCUGCAUCCGCUGCUGCUCUCCCUUCACCUUCCUGCUCAACCCCAAGCGCCCUUGUCUGGACUGCCACUACAACGUCUGCAAAUCCUGCCGCACCUACAGCCAGAGCGAGAGGGGCUACAUCUGCGCCGCCUGCCAAAAGAGCAGGUAAGUGUCCUUAGUCACACACGAACAUAUACAUGUGCAUAAACAUGUACACUGAAGGAUAGAGGGACCACAUCUGUACUUCCUGGUAAAUGGACAUGCUACAAAAUGCACAGUGUUAUGCAAUUAUAUCUGGACAGGGAGACACUACACCUGCUGGUACGCGGUAACACACACAUCAUUCGAACAGCUUGUAAGGGGCACAUGGAAAUAAGGAAAUAAAACAAAAAAAAUUAUGUAAUGUGAUGUGAUUCUGUUUUAACAUGCAGUAUUGCUUGAUUAUUUUUAAGUGACUAAUCAUUUUAAAUUGUUAUACUAAAUCGUUUUAUGAGUUCUUAAGGCACACUUUUAUGGUUUGGUAUUUAUGAAUGGAUUCUUGAGCAUUAUUGAUAGGGCUGUGGGGGUACUUAAGACAAAAUAGGUUGGGAAACACUGGGGAGCACUACCUUCUUCUUCAUCGACAUAAACAUCUCGAGGAGUUCCCCCUCCUAGCUUUACUAUUCUUUGUAAAGCUGCUAAUUUUUUGCCUCAACAUUUUUAAUGUCUAGUGCUUUUCUUGUCACUUCCAUUAGCAUUUUUGCUUAGAGCCCUUUACUUAAUGUCUCCAGAUAUUAUGUUUCAUGUUUGAACAAUGAUAACUCAUUUUUAGCCAUGUUUGAUUUCCUAAAUGCUGGCUUUAUGACUGCUGAAUAUGUCCCCAGCCCACUGGAGUUUUGAUAGUGUGUGUGAGACUGUGUGAGCAUUUUUCAGAAAGCAAGAUUAGAAAGAUAGGAGAGAGCGGGAUAAAUAAAGAGAGGCUGCAGUAGCGAGAAAGAUGGUAAGAAUAUAUGCAGCAUAUGUUGAUGAUUUAUAGUUUGUGUGAGUCAAAUGAGCUGAUAGAGUCUGUGUUAAAGGCACAAUU